CCAUCUAUAGCCAGGUAACUCUAGCCAAGCUAGGUGGCUUGCCAAGAGAGCUGUCUAGGAAGGCUGGGACUCUGGGACCCUAAAGUGGAAUCAAGUCUUGAUUAUCAACAGUGACACUUUGAAGUAGUGCUACAAAAAGGAACCGUUGCUCUUAAGAGGCGGAGCCUCAUAGCCAGAGGUGGAGCUGAGAACUGAGAGGGCCCAUUAUCCACCCAGAAGGCCCAUAGGGCUUCGGGACACACUGAGCCCUGAAGGUGGCGUCGGUGCACCGGACUCGCCGCGCCCGCAGGCUGCCUUCAUUGGACCACGUUGCUGUGGUUGUAGACCAAGGCUCGGGCUUCACCAAGGCAGGCUUCGCUGGGGAGAUCAAGCCGCGGGUUGUGCUGAAGAGCUCGAGUCUGAUGCCUAGUUGGGACCGGCCUGUGCUGCCAGGAGCACCGGGUUGCGAGCUGGCGGGAGGCGUGGCCCGUGCGCACCCUAUCAAGCAUGGAGUAGUGGUGGACUGGGACGCACUGGAGGGACUGUGGGAGCGCCUAAUGGUGGGAGGCCUGCAGGUCCACCCCGAGCAGUGGCCUGUGCUGGUAAGCGACUCGCCAUCAGCACCACCUGAGGGCCGAGAGAAGGUGGCUGAGCUGUUGUUCGAGGCCCUGACAGUGCCUGCGUGCCACAUAGCCAGCACGGCUCUGCUGGCACUCUGCUCCAUCGGAGCUUUCAGUGGGUUGGCUGUGGAGGCGGGCGCAGGCGUGUGCCACGCCACACCCGUCUAUGCAGGUCACACCUGGCACAAGGCCACCUUCCGUCUGAAUGUGGCAGGCAGCACCCUGUCGCACUACUUUCGCGAUCUGCUGGUGGCAGCGUGCCCAGAUCUUCAGCUGCAGGCCCUGCCCCGCAAGACCGUUACACAGCUCAAGAAGCGCUGCUGCUAUGUGUCGCUAGAUUUCCAGGGUGAUAUCUGUGACCCUGCCCGCCACAAGAGGGCCUGUUUUUGCCUGGGCAAUGGCUGCUACGUGCGCCUUGGCAGUGAGCGCUUCCGCUGCCCUGAACCCAUCUUCCAGCCAAGUCUCCUAGGCCACCCUGAGCCAGGUCUACCCACGUUGGCCUUCCAGGCACUGCAAAAGAUACCCACAACACUGCGGACACGGCUGGCCAAUACGGUGGUGCUAGCUGGCGGUUCCACCCUUUUCCCUGGCUUUGUGGAGCGCAUGAACCUGGAGCUGGAGGCACAAUGCCGGAGGCAUGGGUACCCGGCCCUGCAGCCCUGUCUGGUGGCUCAUCCUGGACGGGGCACAGCUGUAUGGACUGGAGGUUCCAUGAUGGCCUCCUUGAACUCCUUUCAGUGCCGCUGGAUGACUCGAGCCAUGUACCAAGAACAUGGCCCUUUCCUGGUGCGAGAAGUGUUCGAUUGAGUUUUAUAUCGAAUGAGAAUGAUGGAUGGUGCCACCAGGGGGUACCUGAGGAACAGAGGUUGCAACUCUGUCCUAGCACGGAGAACCAGAUAAACAGAUUCAAGUGUUCGCAGCUGGCGGGUUAUCAUAUGGGAAUGGGCUGCCCUUUUCCUUUUCUGAGCUAACCCUGACCUUCAUUUUGCUUUCAAUUUGAAUACCCAAGCCAGUUUAGAGAAUGCCAGUUCAGCAGGGCCAAACUUAAAGAACAAUAUUUGAAAAAACUCUUACAUGAGGGAACAAGAAGUCCUGUCCCUGGCUGUGUGUUCAGGUGACCCCUGAAGGCCUCAGUUUCCCUUUUUCUGUAGAAAGUGGGGUCAGGGAGCAGGAGUAUAGUGCCGUAGUACCUAGCAGGCGCAAGGCCUUGGGUUCCAUCCUCAGUACCAAAAACAGGAUGGUCAGGUAAAACCCCACGCCUGUCACCCCUAAGAGGAGAUCAUUUUCUCUAGUGUUUGAGGCAGGAUCUCACUCUGUUGCCCAGGCUGAUUUCAGUCUCAGGCUCUCCUGUCUCUUCCAAGUGCUGAGGUUAAAAGUGUACGCUAACUCCAGGCA